AUGGCUAUUCCAAGGGAGCAAGGAAUACCACCUAAGUGUGAUAGUUUAAUAAGAACUCGACGAUUGAACCAGACUCAAUCUUUCCUUCUUGAACAAAGACUUAAGGUGUUGGAUUGUAAAAAGAGUCAGAAGAAUGCGGAGUUUCACGUUGAGAAACAUUCUCUUCGAAAGCAGAUGGAAGAGAUCAAGUCCGUACGAAAAAACUUGGGAAUCAGUGUUGAGAGAAGGAAACUUCUCCGCUCUCAAGGAUACACAAUAGAUACACGUUCGACUAACAACGAUGACGCGGUUGUUAUCAAGAAAUAUUCCAUGCCUGAGUUGACUAACCAGAGAACUUCAAAUAGGCAAAACCACAUCCUGAACAACGGAGAAAUAGUCAAAGGACUAACACAGUUUAAAUUACAAGAGACAGGAGAAAUGGAGACAGGAAACGGUUGUGAAGAACCCCCGAAAACAGAUCUUGCUCGGUCCCGCGCAAGACACCAGUUUAGGAUUAUUGAACCACCGAGCCGACCGGGAUCACGACGUAAUUUUGUUCAACUUUCCAAUGAUAAACUAAAGGAAUUAAAGAAGAAAGAAGACGAGGAAUCAGGAGAAACUUUACUUGAUUCUAAUAUAAAGUUAGAUUAUCGGGGUAAGAUCUUGUCGCCACGGCUUGUAAAAUCUUUGAUGAAUAACUCACAGUUUGAUAUAGAUCAAGGAGAAGAACAUUUUGAAUCAUGUGAGUCAUGUGACGGAUCUAUUUCGCAGAAAAGGAAAAAUAUUAUAAAGGAGAUUUCUGAGUUAAGACCUUCAAGUGCGCCCCAGCUAAUCCCGCUCUGUUCAGAAGAAAACCAGGCUUUUACAGAAAGUGGUGAUUCAAGUGACGCAACCCUAGGGACUAAAGAAUCAACGAAAUUGAUAUCAAAGUCGUGUGAGAGCUUGGAUCAUAUGACGGAAGUAUGCACACCAGACAGCUAUCCAGACUUAAAUGACAGCGCCUCAGGUGAUGUGAUAAGCUAUCAUAGAGAAGACAAGUUAACAGCUGUUUCAGGAGUAACUAAACCAUCCCAAUUGGCGUAUGAACCAAUGAGAAAACACGCCACGUGUGCUAGUAGGACUCCGAUAAGGCUAGCAUUUGUUGAACCACUGAAAGGAACGUCUAACAAUCAACAAACCACGUUUAAGAAACGCUCUAGCGCUCAAAUGGAAAUGGGUGGAAAUAACGCAGAAAACUCACCACAUGUACAGUUGUCAAAAAAGGCUGGUCCUGUGAGAAGAGUAACGCUGCCCUCAAAAUUUUUUAGUGGUGUUCACUGUCAAGAAUCUGUUAAAAGCCAUGGAGAAAAUAGUGGUAGAGAAUCCAAAAGAAUGAGUGUUGGUUCUCAGUCUAUGAACAUUCGUAAAUCCAAAGUGACCGCAUUUUCAUAGGAUCCAGAACGCAGCAGUCGCUUGACUGGCGCGGUCACUUACGCUUACGACGCGCGACCAGGUCGGUCGCUUUGUAAAGGAUACGUCACUAUGCAAAUGACCGUCAAGGGAAAACAAGUCAAAGUACAUAUUCCUAAGUUUCCCAGUGAUUCAGACUCACAGCCUGUUCUUGAGAGAGCUCGCAAAAAAGUAGCGGAUGAUCGACUCCAUGAUAGAAUGUUACGCGAGAAAGAAAAAGGUGAAGACUUAGAAAAAGUGUCUGAAACAUGA